AAAAGGUAGGGGAGGAGGAGAGAGAGAGAAGGAAGAGUCUAGGCUGAGCAACAUGAAGGGGCCCUCAACCUUCUGCAGCCUCCUGCUGCUGUCAUUGCUCCUGAGCCCAGACCCUACAGCAGCAUUCCUACUGCCACCCAGCACUGCCUGCUGUACUCAGCUCUACCGAAAGCCACUCUCAGACAAGCUACUGAGGAAGGUCAUCCAGGUGGAACUGCAGGAGGCUGAUGGGGACUGUCACCUCCAGGCUUUCGUGCUUCACCUGGCUCAACGCAGCAUCUGCAUCCACCCCCAGAACCCCAGCCUGUCACAGUGGUUUGAGCACCAAGAGAGAAAGCUCCACGGGACUCUGCCCAAGCUGAAUUUUGGGAUGCUAAGGAAAAUGGGCUGAAGCCCCCAAUAGCCAAAUAAUAAAGCAGCAUUGGAUAAUAAUCUCUAAGUAUAA